GUGUCGAAUUCCUAAAUUGCACAUGUUGGUCUCCGUGAGGGAUCGUUCUGUGACUUCCAAAUGGUUUUUCACGGAGUGUGGGAAUCGUGUGUGUUUGUCAUCUUGGUUCGAUCGGUCCAACUCGUAACUUGAUGCCAUCUUUAGCGAGGAAGGCGUUUCCAUCGUGCGCCUGUUGUCAACCAACGUCUCCCAUGGAGCUGCAGGAGAUGAGGUACAUUCCUCGGAGACCCAACGAGUUGGCGCUCGACGACUUUCGACCACAGUCCGAUCAUCCGCUCCCUCUACUCACACCACCCUUGAGUGUCUGCACGCUCAGCACUUCCGAACAGCAGUGGGAGCGGUAUUCGCAGUGGUUGCACUGUAUCUGCGUAGUGACGUUUGAUCUUGAGUUGGGUCAAGCCAUAGAAAACGUGUAUCCACCAUGUGCCACUCUGACAGAGCGAGAAAAGCUCAAUAUAUGCUACCUGGCUUUUCCGGAUAGCAACUCAGCCUGCAUGGGGGACACUCAAUUUCACUUUCGCAUUCGUCGGGAAGAUCCGCUCAAAUUGACGGAGGAUCAACAUGAAUUCAAUUUGAUGGUGCCCCCGGCUCUACAGAUCGAAACUCAAUACCUCUAUGGCUUCGCAUACUUCCGACAGGUUAAAGACCCGUCGGUCCGGAGAGGUUAUUUCCAAAAAUCAGUGGUCUUCGUGACUCACUUGCCUCUAGUGAACUUUUUUCAAAAAGCUGUUGCGUUGGUAGCACCCGACUUCUUCGAAAAUGGCCUAGAGUCAUUGGAGACCGCCUGUCACAUCAUUGACCGAUGGACUCCACCGAUGCCCGGAAAGGACCUCGUUUUACCUCUUCAUGGAGUUGUUAUGCAGUGCAGGAUUCCCUUGGAGGUCGAUAGUCAGCUUCAGUCGUCGAAUUCCUACUUGCACCUCCAGAAGUGUACGCAGGAUGCCGUGAUCCUAUCGUCCGUACAUGAGCCGGACGUUUUCCGCGCCCUUGCACCUAUACUGAAUCAUGUUCAAUUGUUGUGGGAGUUGGUGAUCACUUGCGAACCGAUUAUUGUGAUGGCGAACUCACCAUGCAUCUGCGCUGAGCUUGUACAAGCGCUCAUAUCCCUCGUCUGGCCGCUGAAGUUCUCCUCGGAUUACCGACCUUUCUUUACAAUACACGACUCGGAGUUCAAGGAGUACACGUGCCGGGAAACUUGCCUGCCGGCGGUCAUUCUAGGGGUUACCAAUCCUUUCUUCACGAAAACCUUUCAACAAUGGCCGCACAUUAUUAAAGUUGGAGAUGAUUACUCAAGCACCGAUUGUUGUGCCAAAUACAGCACCACUAAGACGAAGAGAGCCGCGAAUUUGAAGACCCUAGAUACUCAAACAGGUGUCUUCACACAAUAUAGACCGCUCCUACGGAAGGAUAAAGCCUUAUUAAAAAACCUCUGGAAGGGUAUCCAGCUCAAGAGACCCACGGAAGUUCAAUCGGUGUUGCUCCGGAGAUACUUUCUCGAAUUGACCCAAUCGUUCAUGAUUCCCCUGGAACGCUACAUGGCGUCUUUAAUGCCGCUCCAAAAGAAUCUCUCCCCAUACAAAGGCACACCUCUACUGAAACCAUUCAAUCCGGACGAUUUCAUUGCGACGCUCGAUACAGCUGGUCCGCAGCUGACAACGGGCAUCAAGGGAGAAUGGGCGGAGCUGUACCGGAAAUUCUUCAGAUCGCGAAAUUUCCAUGGAUGGUAUCAAACCCGGCACCGGGAGGUCUCGGAGAAUAUUGAGAAGCUCCACAUAGAGGUUAUCUCUGACACGAAUCUUCUUGGAUGGGCGCGCAAUCGCGACGAGGUGGAGGUUAUCGAUUUGGUGCUCAAGUUGAAGGCCAAACUCGAACUAGCGGACAGACGUAAUAAUAUUUCUAGGGAGACGAUGUGCAAGCUGAGGGCGAGACUCGAAGAUCUCAUCGCCACUCUGCCAGCGGAUCUGCAUGACGUCCUCAACAAAGAUCUCCCCACUCCCUGAUGGUAACUACGCCACGCGGUAGCUCUCCAUGACGAGUUAGAAU